GGCUUUUGUGUGUUUCUUAAAUGGCUUAUAAACACCUUCCACGCUGCAAUUGUUUUCGUUGCAGCACACGAUCUCAGAUCAAGUCACUUGCUAUGCAAGUACAUCUCCGUAAUUCCGAAAGCUUGAGCCAGGCUACCAAAACUCUGAGGAAAGCCGUUACUUGUUUGAGAAAAAUAACAGCUAAGCAACAGCUUCAUUUCAUUAGACACUGCAUCUCACUGAAGGUUUACCCGAAAAGGAUUUACAAAACGUUCGAAGGACUAAACCUAAAGAAAGGACAAGCGUCGAGACUAAAACGUAUCUUAAUGACGAACCUGAAGUCCAAACUAUAUAUACACCUUGCCACUAAAGAAAAGGAAAAGCGAGAGGCCCUCGCUAAAGUGAAGAACUUACUAAAUAAUCAAGAAAUGAAACAAUUAAAAGAACUACUCUGUCAUGAAUGUAACUCCGUAUGGAACAGGUGCAUGGAACAUGUUGAAGAGAAACUAACAUGGACAUUACAACUACCAUACAACCACCCAAGAACUAAACAGUUUGACAUGACUGAAUCGUUUGAUGGAAUUUCUAUGAAUGAGAAACCCAUAGAUGAUGACCAACUAAAAAGAAACGUAAGAGUGUACAGAGGGGUACAACUGGAUACAGAUGAACUCGCUGCCUUAGAACUCCCAAAGUUCGCCACUUAUAAUAAGGAUAAAAUCCGAACAGAGGCUUACAGAGACUUCAUGUUGUCAAACACAGACAUCUUUAAGGACAAAUUGGUGCUCGAUGCUGGCUGUGGAACUGCAAUUCUGUCCAUGUUUGCUGCUGAGGCUGGUGCCAAAACCGUUUUUGCAGUUGACCAGUCUGAAAUUGUUUAUAAAGCCAUGGAGAUUAUACAACAAAAUGGUUUUGAAGAUCGAAUCAAAAUUACAAAAGGGAAAAUUGAAGACAUUUCACAAUCUUUAGAGAAAGUAAGGAAUGCUCAUUUACUCCUAUUUUCUCUUCUUUGUUCCUCU